AUGGCCCACAGAAGAGCCCUCGAGGGGGGACUCCUGGAUUUGGGAGGAAACGAGACCGCGCCGCCGCCUGCUCACCGUGCCGUCGCUCGACUCUUCCUCAACACGCUGACCUACGCAUCGGCGGCGUGCCUCCUCCGCCAUACUGGCCUUCUCCCCAGUGAUAAGGCCGGACUUUCUUCCGUUGUGAAUGUGGCUCAACAGAAGAACGGUGCCUUGGUCGCUUGCUCCGGUGUGAUGCAGCCAAGCUGGGCCAACGACCACGUCGUGUGUGAGGGCAAACUCUGCCUCGACGGCUCUUCAGAGUUAUUAUGAGUAUUUGCUGCUUUCCAAGCUGGACUUAGAUGCUAGCAAAGGAAAGAUCUCAAUUGCGAAUGGCAAUAUGAAAUGCAGCUAGCGAAAUACAAACGUGGCUACCACCCUCUGUUAAACUUGGUUGUAACAGAAUAUUGUGCUGAGGACCUGUUGUUUUGGCCAAUAUAGCACUAGCCAGUAUCAAUAUUGUGAGGACCAGUUGUUUUGUAGGUGUCGCCCUUAGUUUUGCUACUUUGCAUAUUCUGGGAGCAAGUAAAAGUGAGGUUAUAUGUUAUUUUUGUUCACUUGAUAUCUGCACUGCCCUUCCUUGCAUAAUCUGCAUAUCUCACAUUGACCAGAAACAUUUUUUACUUAGUGAUGAUAUCUGCUACCCUUGUCUGCACAUGCUCCUUUUGUUCUGCAUACACUUCACUCAAACAUCUACUACUUAUUUGCCUUAUGUUCUGCUAGGGCACUCGCUCAAUUUGCAAUUGCGAAUCAUGAUGUUUGCUGGAAGGAAGCUUGAGUGAAAAUACACAUAAU